AGUCCAAGCACUAAAGUCACUCACCCACACUUUGUUUUCAUAAAUCGAACGUACUGUCUAAAUUUAAUUUUUUUUUCCUCAUAUAGACUAUCAAUAUUGCCACUGUGUCACGUCAUUUGAUAAUUUUUAUGUGUUGAUUUUUUGGCUUAUCAAAGGAUUAGUUGUAAUUUGUGACCUCAGCUUGAUUUACUUAUCUCAACCCAAACCAAAACCACUUUCUCUUCUCAAUUUUUCUUUCUGUUCCGUCCCAAAUGGAAUAAGUCUAGAGAUGUCCAUAGCGUUGAAUAAAAUUAACAGCAGCAAGAUGAGCACACCCUUGUUCCAUGAAUUCAAAAAGCAAGCUUCUUUCUUCCUCAAGGAGAAAAUCAAGACUGCCAGAUUGGCUCUAACAGAUGUCACCCCUGCAGAACUGAUGACAGAAGAGGCAACUAGUGGAAAUCCAUGGGCCCCAGAUUCCAGAACCCUCAGAUCAAUUUCAAGGGCUGCUUUUGAGCUAGAUGAUUAUUGGAGGAUUGUGGAGAUUCUGCAUAAAAGGUUUCUUAAAUUUGAAAAGAAGAAUUGGAGGGUCUCCUACAAUUCCCUGAUUGUGCUUGAGCACCUGUUGACUCAUGGACCAGAGAGUGUUGCUGAGGAAUUCAAGAGUGACAAAGAUGUUAUUAGUCAGAUGAUAGGUUUUCAGUAUAUUGAUGACACUGGGUUUAAUUGGGGCCUAACUGUCAGAAAGAAAUCUGAGAGGAUAAUGAAACUGCUGGAAGAAGGAACUCUUCUCAAGGAAGAGAGAAAAAGUGCUAGAAGGUUAUCUAGAGGGAUUGAGGGUUUUGGAAGUUUCUCUCAUCGGUCAACUCCGGCACAAGCCAUUCUACCACUACGUGAGAAAUCAUUGCCAACCACACUUAGGAGAUAUGACUCGGACUUAAGCAACCAUGAAGAUCAAGAAAACCAGUCCUUUUGUUCAAACAAUGGUGAGGACAAAGUAGCUGUCAAAUCUCCUAGCAUUGAAGGUGGGACUUUCAAGUCCUUGGGUAGUGUGGAAAGCAAGGGAUACCAGGAUGAUCUUGGCACCAAUCAAAUGCAUCAGAAAUCUGAAACAAGUUCUAAAGAAAACAUGGAACCUAGCAAGGAGGAGUUCCAUCUGUGGAACUUGAAAGGGGAGUCCAAACCACUUUUGGAUUGUGGUGAAGAGGAUUCCAAGUUUGUCAGAACAGAAGAUGAUCACCCCUUUAAUUCAACAGAAUUCAUGCCACUGCCUCUCUGCUUUCUGCUAGAGACGGAAUACUACAAGGGUGUUGAAAUAAUUUGAAGAUUUAAAUAUGAAGCCAACAAGUUGUUUGCUAAUAUUGCAUUUUUCAUUCGUGUAUAUGGGUGACCCUUAUGUUUCCGUUAGAAAUUCCCCUCAAUAUCACACGGUUAGUUACUGAACAAAGAAGAGAGAUUUUGGUUUGUAUUUCUCUAUAUUUAAUCUAGAAGAGAUUUAACCUUCCCUAGCCACUUUAACGGCAAUCACAUAACCUGUUUGUGCAUAGACAAUCAUUGAUUGAUAUGGGAAAUGGGUAUCUUAUAUUUUAUUUGCUAAAGCCUAAAGGUUUGUUUAAAUUCUAGACAAUAGAUUAAAGCAAUUUCCUAAGA